AUGGCGAUCCAGAAAAAGCAUGGAAAAGGUCGUUUGGAUAAGUGGUACCGUCUAGCCAAGGAGAAGGGCUACCGGUCUCGAGCUGCUUUCAAACUGGUGCAGCUGAACAAGAAGUACGGGUUUUUGGAAAAAAGCAGAGUCUUGAUUGAUCUUUGUGCUGCCCCAGGUGGUUGGUGUCAAGUUGCGGCGGAAUGUAUGCCUAACCAGAGUCUCAUUGUUGGUGUUGAUCUUGCACCAAUCAAGCCUAUUCCUCGUGUAAUUUCUUUCCAGAGUGAUAUUACAACCGACAAGUGCCGUGCUAUAAUCCGAUCGCAUCUUAAACAUUGGAAGGCCGAUACAGUUCUCCACGAUGGUGCUCCCAACGUCGGAGCUGCAUGGGUUCAGGAUGCUUUCUCACAGGCUGAGCUUGUGCUGGAGUCCCUACGAUUGGCCACAGACUUUCUGGCAGAAGGCGGAAAUUUUGUCACUAAGGUUUUCCGUUCCAAGGACUACAAUCCACUGUUAUGGGUUUUCAAGCAGCUGUUCAACUCGGUCGAAGCGACAAAGCCUCCCUCGUCCCGUAACGUGUCUGCUGAAAUCUUCGUUGUUUGCCGCGGUUAUAAGGCUCCCAAGCGCAUUGAUCCCAAAUUCCUCGACCCCAAGCAUGUCUUUGCGGAAUUGGCUGCGCCCACCCCGAACAACGAAGCGAAGGUUUUCAACCCAGAAAAGAAGAAGAGAAAGCGUGAAGGUUACGAAGAGGGCGACUACACUCAGUUCAAAGAACUCCCCGUAACCGAAUUCAUCAACGAGACAGACCCAAUCGCAAUUCUUGGAACUUACAACAAACUCAGCUUCCAGCAGCCAAUUGGCGGAGACAUGGCAUUGUCAGCUCUGGACCGUCUUGAAGAAACGACAGAUGAAAUCAAGCAAUGCUGUGAAGAUCUCAAGGUUCUUGGUAAGAAAGAAUUCAGGAACUUGUUGAAAUGGCGAUUGAAAGUUCGUGAGAAGUUUGGUCUCGUUGUGAAUAAGAAGAAAUCGAAGGACCAGGAGGACGAAUCCGAAGAAGUGGCCGAGAUUGCUCCCAUGGAUGAGGAAUUGGCCAUCCAGGAAGAGCUGCACCGUCUUCGCGAGAAGGAGAGCAAGGCAGAUAAGAAACUCAGGAGGAAGGAGAACGAAAAGAAGCGAAAGGAGAUUGUCAGGCUCCAAAUGCACAUGACCACGCCGAUGGACAUUGGUAUGGAACAAGUAGGACCCUAUGGCGACGACCCGACAUUCAAUCUUCGCCGUAUCGAUAAGGCCGGUGCUAGAGAUGCGGUUGUCAACGCCAGAGAUAUCCCUGCCGAGAGCUCGGACGAGUCAGAGUCAGAGACUGAGGAUGAGGAGGAUGACGUUGAUGGAGAUCGCCUUGAGAGAGAACUCGAUGGCUUGUAUGAGCGAUACCAGGAGCGCAUGGAAGACAGAGACACCAAGCUGCGCGCGAAAAAGGCCCGGAAACAAUACGAAACCGAUGAAUGGGAGGGUUUCUCCGAAGAUAACAAGAGUGAUGACGAAGAGGAAGAGGAGACAGGACCUGCACCUCUUGCGAGCAACAAGCCUCAGUCUGACACCCUUUCAAACAAUGCUUCCCUUUUCUUCGACCAGGAUAUCUUCCAAGGUCUAGACGAGGAAGAGGAGGAUGAAGAAGAAGACGACGACGACGACGACGACGACGAAGAAGAGGCGGAGAGGGAGGAAGAAGAGGAGGACAGCGAAGAGGAAGAAGUCCCCGCGCCUAAGCAAAAGAGCAAGAAGGAGACAAAGAAGCAAGAAAAGAAGAAAGAAAAGAAGCAAGAAUCUGAAUGGGUCGACUCUGAGGAUGAAGAGGCUGAAAAGCAGAUCAAUGAUCCCCGCAAGCCUAAUGGGCAGCUUGAUAUCGAUAUCAUCACAGCAGAGGCUAUGGCCCUCGCACAAGCGAUGGCUAGCGGAGAAAAGAGAUCAACCGAUAUCGUGGAUGAUGGAUUCAACCGCUUUUCUUUCCGUGACGUUGACGGUCUCCCGGAAUGGUUCCUGGAUGACGAAAACCAGCAUAGCAAGAUACAGCGUCCUAUCACCAAGGCUGCUGCGGCAGCGAUCAAGGAGAAGCUGCGUGCUAUCAACGCUCGUCCGAUCAAGAAGGUUAUGGAAGCCAAGGGCCGUAAGAAGUUCAAGGCUGCCCAGAAGCUUGAGAAGCUGCGGAAGAAGUCCGCCUUGCUUGCCGAUGACGAGGCGCUCAGUGAACGCGACAAGGCGCAAUCCAUUUCCAAACUCAUGAGCAAGGCUGGAAAGAAGAAGCCCAAGCAGCAAGUCAAACUGGUUGUGGCUCGGGGUAACAACCGUGGUAUCUCUGGUCGACCCAAAGGUGUCAAGGGCAAGUACAAGAUUGUCGACUCCCGUAUGAAGAAGGAUAUCCGGGCGCAGAAGAGACUGGCCAAGAAGAAGCAGUAA